AUGAACAAUCUGGUAAAACCCCUGUGUAGUAGAUAUGGCAAAACAUUGGAUCUAAGUCUGAACAGUAUUUUUUUUAUUGACCCUGAAGAAUUCCAUCCGUUUUCUGAUAUAGCUUGUCUAAAUUUGUCUUCGAAUGGCAUGGGUCAAGAUUUAAAUGGGACAGAAUUUAGAUACUUGCAAAACCUAGCAUACUUGGAUUUAUCAUUCAAUAAACUGGAUUUUGCUUCCAUCAAUGCUUUUCAGGAACUGAAAAAAUUGGAGGUAUUAGAUGUGAGUUAUAACAAACACUAUUUCAUUGUACAAGGUGUAACUCACCACCUUAAAUUCAUUGAAAACCUGGCCAAACUUGCAGUUCUUAACCUAAGCUGGAAUGAAAUCUCGACUCUAACUGAGCCCCAAGUUUAUAGCUCCUCCCUAAAAGAAUUAAGGUUUGCUGGAAACCGUCUGGAUGUAUUGUGGAAAAAAGAUGACCAUCGCUACACGGGUCUUUUCCAUAAUUUUACAAAUCUUUCAAUUCUUGAUAUCUCUUACAACAGACUUAUCACCAUUCCUGAUGAAGCACUGUGCCAACUGCCUGAAAAUCUUACAGAGCUGUACUUACAUCAUAAUGAACUAGUGUUUUUUGGUUGGAAAAACCUGACAUGCUUUAAAAACCUCAAAAUUCUUGACCUAAGUCACAAUAAGAUUACAAUGAUAAUAGCACACUUGAGAAAUUAUACAAUGUCACUGGAGACUCUAAUCAUAAAUCAUAAUUAUAUUCAAACUUUGACAGAUGCAUUUCUUAUUGGGCUCCAUAGCCUCACUGACCUUGAUUUAAGUUACAAUCACAUUCAAAAUAUAAAUAAAUCCAUUUUUUUGUCUGGUAAUCAAAACUAUUUAAAAGUUUUAAGACUGAAAGGAAAUCCUUUUGAGUGUACCUGUGAAAUUGUUGACUUCAUAAACUGGAUUAAUAGCAACAAUGUUAAUAUUCCUCGGCUGGCCACUGAUGUCACGUGUGCCACACCAGAUAAAUGGAAGAAGCAUGGAAUUAUCUCUUUUGAUAUACACACUUGUAAUAUGGAUUUCACAGAACUACUACUGUUUCUUGUAUCAUUUGUUUUAAUUGUCCCAUUGACUGUAUUGCCAAUUAUGAGUAAUUUAUUUUACUGGGAUAUAUGGUAUAUAUACCACUGGUGUAUGGCAAGGCUAAUGUAUAGCAAAGUCCCUAGUUCAGAAACUAUAUAUGAUGCAUUUAUCACAUAUGAUGAGAAGGAUCUGGCUGUCAGUGACUGGGUCAUUAAUGACCUAUGUGACCAGCUAGAGAACAGAGGAGGCAAACACAUACUUCUCUGCUUAGAGGAAAGAGAUUGGGAGCCAGGAAAGGCUAUAGUCGAUAACAUUGCUGAAAGCAUUAACCAAAGCAAAAAAACUCUGUUUGUUCUCACUAAAAACUAUGUGAAAAGUGGAAAAUUCAGAACAGCAUUUUAUCUGGCUAUGCAAAAACUAAUGGAUGAAAAUCGGGAUGUGAUAAUCAUAAUUUUACUACAGCCUGUUUUACAGCAUUCCCAGUAUCUCAGGCUGAGGAAAAAAAUUUGCAAAAGUUCUAUUCUGGAAUGGCCUACAAAUCCACAUGCAGAAAGCUUAUUCUGGCAAAAAAUAAAAAAUGUGCUACUGACAGAAAACAUCAGUCGAUACAAUAAUCUCUACACUGAUUCCAUUGCUGUUGUUCGCUGA